GGGUCUCACUGUUUGUUAUGUACAGUUGCCGUACAGCCAUUAGGAUAUGGUCUGUAGGUAGACUGUGUACCUAUCCAAGGAGAAAAUAUUCACCACAUCUUUCUAGAGGUUUACACCCACAUCUGAUCAUGGCCACAGCAUUUGCCAGUACAUCUAGUGAUUCCCAAAGGAAACAAAACAGACUUGCCCUGGAGAAGUCACCCUACUUGCUGCAGCAUGCUUCAAAUCCAGUGGACUGGUUUCCAUGGGGAGAAGAAGCAUUUAAGAAGGCUAGAGAAGAAAAUAAGAUGAUUUUUCUAUCAGUGGGCUAUUCUACAUGCCACUGGUGUCAUGUGAUGGAGAGAGAAUCAUUUGAAAAUGAAGAAAUAGGCAAGAUAAUGAGUGACAAUUUUGUCUGUGUCAAGGUUGACAGAGAGGAGAGGCCAGAUGUGGACAAGAUGUAUAUGACUUUUAUACAGGCUACCAGUGGCAGUGGAGGCUGGCCUAUGAGUGUGUGGCUAACUCCAGAUCUUAAACCAAUAGUUGGUGGCACCUACUUCCCACCAGAUGACAGAUACUAUGGCAGACCAGGAUUCAAGACAAUUCUGAAUAAUUUGUCUGAGCAGUGGCAGAUGAACCGUGACAAGAUAAUGCGACAGGGCACUCAAAUAGUGGAUGCAGUGAUGCAGAUGACACAGCUGGAGACUCCACAAGAAGACCAGGUCAGACUGGACAGUGACCAGUGCAUGGACACAUGUCUGCAGAUGCUGUGUAGGACAUAUGACUUCACAAUGGGAGGGUUUGGGAAAGGGCCCAAAUUUCCACAGCCAGUCAAUUUCAACUUCCUGUUCCGUGUUGUUGCAAGCAAGUCCCCAUCAGCCGAGGCAGAAAGUGCCCAGAAGAUGGCGCUCCAUACACUCAGAAUGAUGGCGAAAGGAGGGAUACAUGAUCAUGUUGCCCAGGGAUUUCAUCGGUACUCCACUGAUAUUAAUUGGCAUGUUCCCCACUUUGAAAAGAUGUUAUAUGACCAAGGACAGCUGGCACACUCAUACUUAGAUGCAUAUCAGCUUAGUAAAGAAGAAAUAUUUGCAGAUAUUGCCAGGGACAUCUUGCAGUAUGUGGAGCGUGACCUAAGUGAUCCAUCUGGAGGGUUUUACAGUGCAGAGGACGCGGACUCUUAUCCAAACCAUGGGGAUGUCGAGAAGAAAGAAGGGGCCUUCUGUGUCUGGACAGAUGAAGAGAUAAGGCAGUUGCUAGGAGACAGUGUGGAGGGACAGGAAGACGUCACCAUGGCUGAUGUCUUCUGCAAGCAUUUUGAUGUGAAACCAGGGGGAAAUGUGGAUCCUUACAAAGAUCCACAUGAUGAAUUAAAGAAACAGAAUGUUCUAAUUGUUACUGGAAGUCUGGAGGAAACAGCCCAGCAGUUUAAUCUUGACCUUGCUACUACGACUGCCAUUUUGGAAAAGUGUAAACAGGUGCUGUUUGAGGUUAGGAAGAAGAGACCCAAGCCACAUCUUGAUAACAAAAUGCUCACAGCUUGGAAUGGUCUGAUGAUCUCAGGGUUUGCCCGAGCUGGACAGGUUCUGGGGGAGAGCAAGUACACAGACCGUGCCAUUAAAGCUGCCAGUUUUUUGAAGACACACAUGUAUAAUGCAGAGACAGGGAUGUUACACAGGACGAGUUACUGUGGUGAAGCAGACAAAGUGGAGCAAAGUCCCACACCUAUCAAUGGGUUUUCUGAUGACUAUGCAUUUUUAAUCCGCGGUCUCCUCGACCUUUAUGAGGCAUGUUACGAUGACCAGUGGCUAUCGUGGGCAGAUCAAUUACAGGACAAACAAGAUCAGCUUUUCUGGGACCUAGACAAAGGGGGAUACUUCACCAGUGGUGCCGAGGACAAAAAUAUUCUGGUUAGGAUAAAAGAAGAUCAAGAUGGUGCUGAGCCCAGUGCCAACUCUGUGUCCGGGGGUAACUUGCUGCGCCUUGCUGAGUAUCUCAACAAGUCUGAGUACAGGGAAAAAGCUGCAAAACUCUUCACUGCCUUCCAGGAGAGACUAACCAGAAUACCCCUGGCACUCCCAGAAAUGAUAUGUGCCUUGAAUUUCCAGAGCAGCCCAGUAAAACAGAUUAUCAUCGUUGGUGAGAAAGGAGCAGAAGAUUCCCAACAACUCCUCCGUUGUGUUCACAGCCAGUUUAUCCCCAAUAAGAUACUGAUAUUAUGGGAUGGAGAUCAAGACAGCCUUUUGGCUCAUAGACAUGGAAUGCUGAAGUCCUAUGAGAAGAAGGAUGGGAAAGCCACAGCUUAUGUCUGUAGAGACUACAGUUGCAAGCUUCCUGUGAAUACUGUGUCAGAGUUGGAAAAACUGCUCUUGGAGCCUCUUUAGGAGAGUUGAACCUUCUUGAUUUACAGGCAUAUACUCUAACCUGCAGAUGUGUACAGAAAGUUUGUGAAAUGUGUAUGAAAAACAUACAUCAAUAUAUAUUUAUAUGCAGUUGCUGUGCAACAAAACUGUUAAUAGAUAUUUUAAUGAAUUCAGAGCUGAUUUUAAUAUAUGCAUUCUUGUUUCUGUAAUUUAAGACAGCUUAUCAAGUAUUAAUAAACAAGGUUACAUCACCAAGUUCAUUAUCGAAUCCUAAAAAAAAAAAAAAGUGAGAUUAGUGGGAGAUGGAGGAACAAAGUCUUACAUGUGGUGGGGACCGAAUAUUGGACACAGAACCAUAGCUCUGGUUUUGCAAUGUUUUUUUAAACUUUUUCCACAGCCUUGCACCAUUUCCGAAACGUCUGUUUGGUAACAGGUCAUUCCCAAAAAAGUUCAAAACUUGCUAUUGGAUUUACAGCUGCACGUUUGUUAAAGCUAGCAGCUAUAUCGAUUUUUUAUUACUAAGAUUUUGGGCUUCCAGAUGAUUUGAAAUAAUAUUUGUCACAUGUUAAGCUUCAAUGCAAAAUAUAUGUAAACAAAUGUAAGGAUGUUGCUGCUGAUAAUUUUUAUUCCUUUUAAUUUUUUCCUUGUUUAUAAUAGUGCAGACUGUAAAGUUAUGUAUUAUUUAAGAAUUAAGAGUAAUUCACACUUUUUAGGAUAUUUAAUCACGAAUAUUUUGAAUUGCAAUUGCUUUAACAAAAAUUAUUGUAAAUACAAAAAAUUUUAUAAAAUAAUAAAUAUUAUUAUAACAUAAAAAUACAUUCUUGAUUGUUAUGAAAUUAUAACUUUCAUUUCCUUUCAAAAAGGAAAACAUUUAAAAUAAGCCAAAAAUGAGGUAUUGGUACUCUGUUGUGUCAUAUGAGACGAGCAAACCU